AUGGACUUCACCGGAUGUCUCAACGACGAGGCAUUUGGGCCGGCUGUCAGAGGAUGCAGAGGCGACUUUGAUUUCACCAUCAAGUUCGAGCAGAUCUUUAUGGUCCUCCUGCCUGCCUCCAUCUUCACAGCUGUGUCCCUCUCGCGCAUCGCCUUUUUGACUCGCCGGCCAUCCAUCGUCGCCGGGGCUGGCUUGAAGUACACCAAAUUGGCUGCAGUUCUUGUAUAUGCUGUUCUCCAGCUGUCACUGCUUGUGCUCAGUGCCACCCGUGCCCGUCGGUUCCAAGCAUUCCUCAUCUCGUCGAAUGCCCUCACCUUGCUGUCUUCACUUUCCAUCGCGGCGCUAUCGUCUCUUGAGCACUCGCGGUCCCCACGACCGUCAAUACUUCUCAAUGGCUACCUAUUUCUGACGAUCUUGUUUGACGUCGUACAGACGCGGACGCUGUGGUUGGCGUCAAGCAACCCGGAUGAGUUCACCUAUUGCCGCUUGUUCACCACCGGCGUCGUUGUCAAGGCUGUCCUUCUCCUGACCGAGUCAACACACAAAACGAAGUGGAUCCAAUGGGAUGCGAAGCAGCACAGCCCCGAGGAAACGACGGGUGUAUUCGGCCUAGGUGCUUUUGUGUGGUUGAACGAGUUGUUCCUCCGAGGCUACAAGAAGGUCCUCGUCCUGGAUGACUUGUACCCUCUCGACAGCAAUAUGGUCUCCGAGGCCCUAGAUGCACUGGCCGAAGGCCGCGUGGUACCUUCUCAUUUCAAGGGUCAGAAGUAUGCGUUGAUUCGAUCCACAGCCAAGGCUCUAGCCGUGCCUUUCCUUCUCCCAGUUGGACCAAGAAUAGCACAGUCAGCCUUUCAGCUCUGCCAGCCAUUUCUCAUCAACACACUUCUGCACUAUCUCCAGCAAAAGCAAGACUCGGCCACGCACAACAUUGGAAUCGGCCUCAUCGGCGCGGCCGUCCUAAUCUACACUGGCAUCGCAGUAUCAGAGGCCUUCUACUGGUACUACCAAGAGCGCACCAUGUACAUGCUGCGCGGCGUCUUGGUCAACCUGAUCUACCGCAAAACCACCGAGGCCAAGGCAUCGGCUGCGGACGACUCUGCUGCUCUGACACUGAUGAGUACGGAUACGGAGCGCAUCCUUCGAGGACUGCUGAAUAUGCACGAGUUCUGGGCCAAUGUCAUCGAGGUCGCCUUGGCAUGCUGGCUUCUGUCCCGUCAAGUCGGCGUCGCUUCCGUGGCCUCGCUGGUCGUCGUGGCGUUCUGUAUCGUUUGCUCAACCUUUCUAGGAAGGAUCACGGGACCGAGACAGAAAGCCUGGAUGGAAAAGAUACAAAAGAGAGUUGGCCUGACGUCCAGCGUUAUCGGCCAGAUGAAGCAUCUCCGGAUCUCCGGCCUCUCUUCUGCCGUAGAGGACUCGGUGCAAGAAAUGAGAACGGAGGAGAUCGCGGUGGGAGGCAGGUUUCGACUGAUCGGCGUGUUGUCUGCUGUCAUUGGUUACACUCCUCUCUGCAUCUCGCCCGUCUUGACCUUUGCGUUUGCUUCGCGGACACUUGAUAUCACCACGAUCUUCACGUCCAUUUCAUUUAUUCUGCUCCUGGCAAACCCACUGUCUACGCUUUUCCAGAUGGUUCCCGGACUUAUUGCGUCAGUGACCUGCUUCGGCCGGAUCCAGACAUUCCUGGAGACGGGUUCAAGGGUCGAUUUCCGGCUACCAGAUGCACUCUCGCACCAGCAAGCUCGCGCUGCCGACUUGGACUCUGGCAAACGUGACGUAGCACUGAAGGUAUCAAACGGUAGUUUCGGCUAUGAUUCGGACAAGACCAUCCUCAAGAAUGUCAGCCUCGAGAUCCCCGCCUCUCGGCUCACAAUUGUAAUUGGUCCUGUCGCCUCCGGCAAAUCAACAUUGUGCAAGGCCCUGCUCGGGGAGCUAUCGAUCUUGGAGGGUCAAGUCAGCGUAGCAUCGUUCAUUGGCAAGAUUGGGUAUUGCGAUCAGACGCCCUACUUGACAAAUGCGACACUUCGGGACAAUAUCAUCGGCACCAGCAGUUUCGACCAGAUCAGAUACAACCAAGUCAUUGAAGCCGCCGUAUUGCUCCCUGAUCUGGCUCUUCUUCCCCAGGGAGAUCUAACACGCAUCGGAAGCAAUGGCAUCUCAUUGAGUGGUGGUCAGAAACAGCGGGUGUCGAUUGCUCGGGCUCUGUAUUUGGAGAGCGUACUGCUGCUAUUUGACGAUACGCUUAGUGGUCUGGAUGCCGACACAGAAGAACAAGUCUUCAGGAGAGUAUUUGGCCCGGAUGGGAUUCUCAGGCAAAGAGGGGCGACCGUUGUCCUCUGCACGCAUUCUGUCCGCCACCUCCCAGCUGCCGACCACAUUAUCGCUCUCGGGGCAGAUGGCAACAUUGUAGAGCAGGGAACCUUCCAGGAGCUCAUGGCCAACGAGAAGUAUGUUUCAACGCUUGGGGUGACAGAGUCUUCUGCCACGAGCGAGAAGCAAGCCAAGAUACUGCGAGAUAGCAGCAAGCCAAGUCUCUCUCAGAGCUCGAAGCAGGCAGUAGCGCAGCAGGCCCAGGCCCAAGAGAGGUCGAGGAUGCUGGGAGAUACAGCGGUCUACAAGCACUACUUUGCGCGAAUCAACCUCCCGAUCAAGCUGGCUUUCUUCGUGUUCGGCUCGGGCUGGGGAUUCUUUUACAACUUCACCACGGUGUGGCUGAAGUUUUGGUCAGAGGAUGUCGCCUCGCCUCAACCAAAACACUCAAACGCCAUGUAUCUCGGCUUGUACGCAUUGUUCCAAGUCAUGACGCUCUUUUCCCUCUUCUGUAUGAGCUUCAUAUGUUUCCGGGUGCUGAUCGCCAUCACCGGUUCAAAGCUGCACAAGGAGGCGCUACGGGCAGUGAUGACGGCACCUCUCGCAUUCUUUACGACCACGGAUACAGGGGUGGUCACCAAUCUCUUCUCACAAGACAUGACGCUGAUUGAUGGAGAGUUGCCGAUGGCCCUUGUCAACAUUUCCUUUGAGACCUUUGCCGCCAUCGGCCUGGCAGCCGUCAUUGCAACAUCAUCGCCCUUUCUUGUCAUCACAUAUCCAUUCCUGGUUAUCGCCCUGUUUGUGAUCCAGCGUUUCUACCUGCGCACCUCUCGCCAGGUGCGUCUGCUUGACCUUGAGGCCAAAAGCCCACUUUACUCUCACUUCAUCGACACCAUCAAGGGUCUUGGGACCUUCCGAGCUUUUGGCUGGGUGUCACAUGGAAUUAGACUUAACAGUCAUCUCCUGGACACGUCUCAGAGGCCCGCAUAUCUACUCGCCAUGAUUCAGCGCUGGCUCGGCUUUAUCCUCCAGCUCGUAGUAGCUGUCCUUGCCGUUCUCGUGGUGACACUUGCCACGCAGACGCGCUCGAACACGGCGUUCACCGGUGCCAGUCUGGUCUCUCUGAUGACGUUUGGAGAGGUCCUCGCAUGGAUGGUCAAAAUGUACACGGCACUGGAGACGUCGAUCGGCGCCGUGAGCCGACUCAAGACUUUCAGCGACACGGUCAAGCCCGAGGAUCAAGAAGGGGAGGAUGUGGUUCCGCCGGUGGAGUGGCCGCAGCGAGGCUUUAUCGAGAUCAAAGGCGCCUCUGCGGCGUAUCGGAGUGAUCUCUUGAGUGACGCAGACUCGGACACAAGUAAGCCCCAAGAGGACACUACUGACCUGGCCCUCAACGACGUCAAUCUUACCGUAAAUCCGGGGGAUAAAAUUGCAAUUUGUGGCCGAAGCGGCAGUGGCAAGUCAUCGAUGAUCCUGCUACUACUACGUCUCCUGGAUCCUCUUCCAUCGUGUAUUGAUUCUAUCAGCAUGGACGGAAUACCACUACGGAAAAUCGACCGAGCGACACUCAGGCAACGUAUCAUCGCCGUCCCUCAAGAGCCAGUCUUCCUUCCAGACGGCACAUCCUUUCUCGCGAACCUUGACCCAUACAGCGUGUCUACGAACAACGAAUGUCAGUCCGUCCUCGAGCGAAUUGGCCUGUGGGACUUUGUCAGCGACCGGGGAGGUCUCCAUGCCGGCAUGUCGGCAGACACCUUCUCGCAGGGCCAGAAACAGCUUUUCAACUUGGCUCGCGCCAUUCUGCGGCGCCGUAUCAGAACGAGACUCGCCCAAGCCGCGACAGGUGAGAAGUAUGUACAGAGCGGCGGCAUCUUGCUGCUUGACGAGAUCAGCUCCAGCGUCGAUCAGGACACGGAGAGGUCGAUGCACAGUAUCGUCAAGGAAGAGUUUGAGGGCUACACGGUUAUCAUGGUCAGUCAUCGGCUCGAUGUUGUCAUGGACUUUGACAGAGUGGUCGUGAUGGAUACUGGCAGAGUCGUUGAAGAUGGGCGGCCUGCUGGCCUGCUUGAUGUCGAGGGGUCGAGAUUCAAGGAGCUUUGGCUUUCCAGUGGGAGGAAGCACAAUGGAAACUAG